CGGCAACACUACCAUUACGUAAAGAAGAAUCGUGACCCCGACCGACUACUUUGCGAUUAUUGUUAUAUUUCGAAAACGAAAAAAUGUUCUCUACCGUCUGCAAAGUUGGCCGCGUGGCCACGAGGGCGGUAGCUAACAAUUCCCUGACUGAGAAAACACCUCUGGUGGCUGGAACCUUAGUGAAUAAACGGGAUUAUGCAGCGGCAUCGGGCAAGGGACAUGGUAAGGUGGUCGCGGUUAUUGGUGCCGUAGUGGAUGUGCAGUUCGAAGACAAUCUCCCACCAAUUCUAAAUGCGCUGGAAGUACAGAAUCGUCAACCUCGCCUGGUGUUGGAGGUGGCCCAGCACUUGGGAGAGAACACCGUCCGCACCAUCGCUAUGGACGGUACUGAGGGUCUUGUUCGUGGACAGCCCGUGCAUGACUGUGGUUCGCCCAUCCGUAUUCCCGUGGGUGCAGAGACCCUUGGCCGCAUCAUUAACGUCAUCGGAGAACCCAUCGACGAGCGUGGUCCCAUCCCUACUGACAAAACCGCUGCUAUUCACGCAGAAGCUCCCGAAUUUGUGGAAAUGAGUGUACAGCAAGAGAUUCUAGUUACUGGAAUUAAAGUGGUAGAUCUGUUAGCCCCUUACGCAAAGGGAGGUAAGAUCGGGCUUUUCGGAGGCGCCGGUGUCGGCAAAACUGUACUCAUUAUGGAGUUGAUCAACAACGUAGCCAAGGCUCACGGUGGUUACUCCGUAUUUGCGGGAGUCGGCGAACGUACUCGUGAAGGAAAUGAUCUUUACCACGAGAUGAUUGAAUCUGGUGUCAUCUCCCUAAAGGACAAGACCUCCAAAGUGGCUCUGGUAUAUGGUCAGAUGAACGAACCCCCAGGCGCGCGCGCCCGUGUUGCUCUUACUGGACUGACUGUAGCUGAAUAUUUCCGUGACCAGGAAGGCCAAGAUGUGCUGCUUUUCAUUGAUAACAUCUUCCGAUUCACGCAGGCUGGUUCUGAGGUAUCAGCCUUGCUGGGUCGUAUCCCUUCCGCCGUCGGUUACCAACCCACACUGGCCACUGACAUGGGUACUAUGCAGGAACGUAUUACGACAACUAAGAAGGGUUCCAUCACCUCAGUACAGGCUAUCUACGUCCCUGCUGAUGACUUGACUGACCCUGCCCCUGCUACCACUUUCGCUCACUUGGACGCCACCACUGUACUGUCUCGUGCUAUUGCUGAGUUGGGUAUCUAUCCAGCUGUCGACCCUCUGGACUCCACCUCGCGUAUCAUGGACCCCAAUAUCAUUGGUGCUGACCACUACAACAUAGCUCGAGGCGUACAGAAAAUCUUGCAGGAUUACAAAUCUCUACAGGAUAUCAUCGCUAUCUUGGGUAUGGAUGAGUUGUCCGAGGAAGACAAACUGACGGUAGCGCGCGCGCGCAAGAUUCAGCGUUUCCUGUCGCAGCCUUUCCAGGUCGCCGAGGUGUUCACUGGCCACGCUGGCAAACUGGUGCCACUCGAGGAGACUAUCAAAGGCUUCGCACAAAUUCUCGGCGGCGAAUACGAUCACCUGCCUGAGGUAGCCUUUUACAUGGUUGGCCCUAUUGAAGAGGUGGUUGCUAAGGCCGAAACCCUGGCCAAGAGCACCAAUUAGUAAAAUAAACAAAUUGGCCAGUUAUAAGCAAUAAUGUAGGAUGAAAUGGUAACUUGGCAGAAGAAACUAUUAUAUUUAUUAUCGAAAAUUGCAUGAACGUGUGGCAUUCUCUCCUGCCCUUUUUCAUUCACACUUGACUAUAGCUAAUCUGCUACAGUGAAAGAAGUCGCGAGAGAUAACUUUACAAUACACGCGUUCGUGUUAUUUUGAGCUCCAGACUAGUGCGAUAUCAUGUAUUUAUAAAUAUUGUAAGAUUAUGCAACUGUUAUUAUGUAAGUGAAUUAAACACCUAACUUAAUAUUACA